CCAUCUGUGUUGACGCUUUACUUGCAUUAUCAAUUCGUAUAGAAGGAAGUGACUUUUAGUCUUUAGCUUGAUCCAUCUCACUUUAAGAAAGAUGAAGAUGAUGCUGUUUACGGUCUUAGGAUCCUUCAUCGUCGGAGCAAGUCUUCUUCUACUUCUUCUUUUUCUUAUUUACCUACUCCGGGAGUUAUGUUAUGAGGGCAUAGAAGUUUAUAAGGAAGCUAGAGGGGAAGAGGAACACCUUAUAAGCCCGAGCAUUUCAGAUGAAUCUGAAUAUCAAUGUGCACAAUCAGCUGAACAGUUGAUCAAUCGGAUCCAGGAGUGGCAUAUACAUCAAUCACAACGGCAUGGAGACUUCCUUCACUAAGAAAUGAAUACAACGCAGUAGACGACUUUGUGUUGGGAGGACAAAAGGAUAGCGAUUCAGAUUAGAAUUCAUAUGAACUGAUACUAGUUAUUUAUUUUGUCAACUCUCUUUUUCAGCAUGAAUGAAUGAUCUGAUCUGUGUUGCUUUCUUGCUUACAAUUGAAAUCAAGCGACUAGUUUCUUGAUUGUUUUUAGUUUUUUACUCACAGUUUCUGCAACAUGCUCCGAUCCAUUGUGUAAAGUACAAAACUCGGUUAAUGCCGAAUAUAUAUUUUUGUCUCCCUUUUAUGUAUCAAUAAUUUAGUUUC